AAAUCUUUAUCGGCCCCAGUGCAAUCUAUCUAUGUUUGCAGGGCCAAGCAGGCAGCUACCCUUUACACUUGACAAAGAGUCUCAUGAGACUCGAAACAUGUUGUGUUAAACAAUAAACACUGAAGCUUGAGCAGUUAAUCUUGCAGUUUGGGUCGAUCUUUGUGAACUUUAUAUUUGUGGAUAUAUUCAGUAGCACACACGGCUGAGGUGUAUCACAAGGUUUCGACUAAAGGUGGCCAUACAUGGGCAAACUUUUAUCGUUCUGCGAUGAACGACCGUAUCGUUAAACGAUCGUCGGACGAUCGUUUUACCAUGAGAUAUGCCAUCCACGGAGAACGAUUAUAUGAACAGAUAUAAUCGUAUCGUUUGACAAAAGAAAACAACGAUUAUACAUCAACGUACGAUGCGAUAUAAACUUGUGGUGGAAGCAGGAUGUACAGCAUACAGGAAGUGAUGUAAAACAUUAGUCAUCGGUGGAUGUUCGUUUGCCGAAAGUUCCUUCGUGUACGGACGAACGUUGAUCAACAAACGAUCUGUGGAAUGGCUUCAUUUAUGGAUUCAAAGCAAAGAGCUGCACUUGCUAUAGUUUUAUUAACAUCAGUACAAAAGAAAAAAAAAAAGAGAUCAUUGUGGAGCAAACGAUGGCUUAUGAAGCGUGAGCAGUAUUCACACAUGGGUCUAUUGAAAGAGCUGAGAGAAAGAAACCCUGAUGAUUUCAAAAACUACCUACGGAUGUCAGACAGCAGUUUUAACACUCUUCUACAAGCAGUAGCACCACGGAUUUCUAAACAAGACACAUGCAUGAGGCAAACUAUACCUGCAAAGCAGAGAUUAAUUGCAACACUACGAUAUCUUGCAACAGGAAGGUCAUUUGAAGAUUUAAAAUUCUCAGCGGGAAUUUCUGCACAGGCUUUGGGGCGUAUCAUUCCAGAAACCUGCAAUGCCAUAGUGGAAGCACUGAAUGCAGAAUAUUUAAAGUUCCCCUCAACUGAAGUGGAGUGGAAAACAGUAGCUAAACAAUUUGAAGAUUACUGGAAUUUUCCAAACUGUCUUGGAGCAAUUGAUGGAAAGCAUGUGAGGAUCCAGCCUCCCUCCAGUUCUGGCUCCUAUUAUUUUAACUACAAGGGGUAUUUCAGCAUUGUGCUUUUGGCAAUAGUUAAUGCCAAAUAUGAAUGUUUAAUGGUUGAUGUGGGGAAAAAUGGAAGAGUGUCAGAUGGUGGAGCCAUGGAACAAACCUUUUUUUAUCAGCAGCAGCUCAAAAAUGACCAAUUACACCUACCAUCAAAUUCUGAUUCAAGAGAAGGGAUGAAUUAUGUUUUUGUUGCAGAUGAAGCUUUUGCAUUACAUAAACAUGUUUUAAAGCCUUUCCCACAAAAAAAUUUGUCACGUGAAAGAAGAAUUUACAAUUAUCGACUAGAGCUAGAAGGGUUGUAGAAAAUGCUUUUGGCAUACUAGCUAAUCGAUUUCGCAUUUUCCAUUCCGCCAUAAAUCUAUCCCCAAUAAAAAUUGAUAGUGUUGUUUUGGCCUGCUGUGUGCUACAUAACUUUCUACGCCGCACAAGCAGUGCUUCCUACAUGCCAGGAAAUAUGGUGGACAGAGAGGACAUCGAUCAACAAACUGUUAUAUCAGCCGAGUGGCGAAGUGAGCCAAAUGGACUUUUGGAACUGCAAGCUGCUACAUCACGAAAUGCUACUAUUGAGGCCAAAUUAAGCAGAGAGAAAUAUGUUGAUUUCUUCAAUGACACUGGCGCAGUAGAUUGGCAAUCAGCUAUGGUUUAAAAAUGCAAUCAGCUAUGGUUUUAAAAUGCUAUCAGCUAUGGUUUUCUGCUUCAGCAGUUAAUGUGUACCUAAAUUGUGUCAGCAUUCAUUUUAAAAUAAAGUAAACAUAAUCUUUAA